UCCGGAUUCGCUCCCCUUCACCUGGCUGCCAAGUACUCGCGCAACAAACCGGCGAGGAUGCUGCUGGAGGCACGGGCUCUGCUUGAUAUUCCUGGACGCAAUGGCUUAACUCCACUUCAUCUGGCUACACAUUACGGCUCGGCAUCGGUUGUGCAGUUGCUUCUCGAGAACGGCGCAUCCACGACACAGCAGACAACAAACGGCUACACGCCGUUGCACGUGGCAGCCCAUCGCUGUCAGGUAGAGAUAGCACGGAUGCUUCUUCGUGCCAAGGCAGAUCCCAGAGCGGAGUCACGAAACGGAUUCACGCCACUACACCUGGCUGCACAGGAGGGAAGUGCGGAACUUACCAAACUUUUUUUGGAAGCAAAGGCUGAAGUUAAUGCGAGGGCCAAGCCUCAAAGAGGCCUUCGCAGGACUACACUGCAACUUUUGGAGUUGAAAAACAACAAAACCUCAAAUUUCCAUCGACAUUUUGACAGUUGA